AUGUUGGACGAAAAGGAAGAAAUUGAGUGUGAGAAAAUGAUCAAGGAAUUUGAAGAAUUAACCAAGAAUGCUGGAAAAGUCCAGGAAGAAACAUUGAGGAAGAUCCUAGCAGAAAACGCCGAGGCCGAGUACUUGCAAUACACAGGCUUAAAUGGAAGGACAGAUGCAGAGAGUUUCAAGCAAUGUGUUCCUCUUGCCACACACAAGGACUUUGAACCUUAUAUUCAAAGGAUCAUGGAUGGUGAAACUUCUCCUAUCCUUACUACCAAACCUAUCCUCGCAUUUUCUUUGAGCUCUGGAACAACUCAGGGGAAGCGCAAGUUUAUACCUUUCACUGAUAAAUACAUUGAUGAUACUACACAAAUCUUUCAUACUUCUUUUGCAUACAGGAACAGGGAAUUUCCUAUCAAAAAUGGAAAAGCAUUGCUUUUAGCUUACAGUGGCAAACAGUUCAUGACUGAAGGAGGUCUACCUGUAGGAACUGCAUCAACCAAUGUUAUCCGCCACCCAAAUUUUAAAGAUUUAAUGAAGGAAAUACAAACUGAAAGUUGCAGCCCUGAUCAAGUACUUUUCGGGUCUGAUUUCCAUGAAUCUUUAUACUGCCAUCUUCUCUGUAGCUUAUUGAACUACAACGAGGUCCAAAUCGUUUUCUCAACUUUUGCUCAUAGCCUUGUACAAGCAUUCCAAACCUUUGAACAAAUUUGGGAAGAUCUUUGCUCUGAUAUCCGAUCUGGAACCUUGAAUGAGAGAGUUGCAGACCAAACUACUCGUGCUGCUAUGUCUGAACUUCUUAAGCCUAACCCUGAAUUGGCUGACAUGAUUUACAACAAAUGCUCUGGUUUAAGGGAAUGGUAUGGCCUUAUACCAGAGCUUUUCCCGAAUGUUAAGUAUGUUUAUGGGGUAAUGACAGGUUCUAUGGAGCCUUAUGUGAAACGAUUAAGGCGGUAUGCUGGUAAGUUGCCUUUGGUUUCUGGUGACUAUGGGUCUUCAGAAGGUUGGAUUGCUGCAAAUGUCAACCCAAUAUCACCUCCUGAAUCUGCAACCUUUGUUGUUGUUCCGAACAUAGGCUACUUUGAGUUCAUUCCUUUGAUGGAAACAAGGAAUGAAGGAAUUGAACCAAAACCUGUUGGACUUGCUGAUGUUAAACUUGGAGAAGAAUAUGAAAUCAUCGUCACCAACUUUGCAGGGUUAUACCGUUACAAGCUAGGAGAUGCCGUCAAGGUAAUGGGGUUCCACAACUCUACCCCAGAGCUGAAAUUCUUAUGCCGUCAGAACCUUAUGCUUAACAUCAACGUCGACAAGAACACAGAGAAAGAUCUACAGCUCGCGGUGGAAGAAGCAAGUAAGUUACUGGCAGCAGAGAAGGUGGAACUGAUUGAUUUUACCAGCAGUGUGGAUGUAUCCAAAGAAGUAGGAAACUAUGUCAUAUUCUGGGAGCUAAGUGGUGAAACUGAUGAUGACAAUGUUCUGAAGGAAUGCUGCAACUGCUUGGACCGAUCUUUUGCUGAUCAUGGAUACGUUGUCUCGCGCAAGAUGGGGACGAUUGGACCUCUUGAGCUUCGGAUUGUGAAGAAGAGAACUUUCUAUAAGAUAAUGAUGCAUUCUUUGAGUAUGGGAAAUACUCCUACCCAGUUUAAGACACCAAGAUAUGUUGGUUCUAUCAAUAAUAAGUCACUCUUGUUAAUUCUGGGUGAAAAUGUUGUCAAGACUUACUCUAGUACUGCUUAUUAGUACACAUCAGACUAAAUAAUGUGUUUCAUUAGACAUUUAGACAUCAGUGUAUGUUUCUGGAAAAUGUUGCUUAAUGUUUUUCUCAGUUUAAGAAGACUCUUUUUAACCGGGUUUUCUAUAAGCCUAAUGGUGUAAGGGCAAAAAUGUGUAACCUAAUCCCGAAUGUACAAGUGUAUGAAGCAUGAUCAACAGGUGGUCAUGUACCGUGACAUCGAUACAUGUCAUGCAUGCACUAGCGUUGGAGCAACUCCAGUGGUUAAAAAAUGGACAUGCUCACACAAACUAAAAACAUGGAAGCAGAUAGCCAACCGUUGGUAUAUCAAUGACAUAAACAGCA